GAAACCUCCACCAAUUUCGAUUCUAUUUUGUUUCCUUCAUCCCCAUCAAUUUCAGUUGCGAAAUUUCCAAACCCAUCAAUCAAACAUGAAUCUUUUUCUAACUGCUGCCGUCUUCCUGAUGCUAUCUUCUUCAUCUCUGGUUUUGUCUCAAACGCCAACCAAUUCGACCUCUUGUCCGUUGAAUUUUGACCACGUGCUCAGAAUUCCAUGGCCGACUGCCGACUGCCGCCACUCCGACGACUCAGCGAAACCCGUCGGCAAUUCCACCUCUUGUUGUCAGACCUUGCUUAGCGUUUUCGGCAUCGCCUUAGCCCAACACCUCAAAGAAACCUCUCUCUUCCACCUCCCUGAUCUCGCAACAUCCUCAUCUUGUCUCUCCGAUUUCCAAAACAAACUCAACUCCCUUUCCCUCCCCAGUAAUCUCGCUACCUUUUGUUUUGACCCUCAUCAGUUUGUCAUAUCGUCGAACACCUGUGCUGCAAUUCAGACCGUCCAAGAUUGGCGCCGAACGUUGGGGAACCAUACCGUUCUUGAUUCUGCGUGUCAAGAUGAUCUCACUGAGCUUACUGCCUGUGAUGAUUGUCUCAGAGCAGGGUUACGGGUUCACAGCGAACUGGCUCUCAAAGAUGGUAACGCUUCUCAUUCAAACGAGUGUUUUUACUUUGUUGUUCUUUAUGCUGCUGCUAUUGUCAAUAAGUUCGGGCCUGAAAGUGAUGGUGCUGUAUCUUGUACCUUUGGGAUCAACAUUUUGCCCAAAUCCCAUAAAACUAAACAUUCUUCAUUGAUAUUUGGAUUGAUUGGAGGACUUGUUGCUAUCGUGGUCAUCUCUUGUUUAGUUGGGUUAUACUUUUGGUGGGAUAGGAAGAGGAAAAGGGAAAAGAUCGAUGAAUUGGGCAUGGAUGAAUUCGAAUCGGGUAGGCCAAGAAGGCGUCCGAACACUGGUUCAAUAUGGUUCAAGAUUCAUGAUCUUGAGAAGGCAACUGAUAACUUUUCACCAAAGAAUUUCAUCGGCAGAGGUGGAUUCGGGGUUGUUUACAAGGGGGUUCUAUCUGAUGGAUCUGUGGUUGCUGUUAAAAAGAUUAUAGAAUCCGAGUUUGAAGGGACCGAUGAUUUCUGUAACGAAGUUGAGAUCAUUAGCAAUUUAAGGCAUCGGAAUCUUGUUCCACUUAAAGGGUGUUGCAUUCAUGGCGCAGAUGAAGAUUACGAGCGGAGAGAUGAUCAGAGAUAUCUUGUUUACGAGUAUAUGUCGAAUGGAAAUCUUGAUGACCAUUUGUUUCCAGCAAUGAGUCGAAAACCUCCAUUAACAUGGCCUCAAAGAAAGAGCAUAAUUUUGGAUGUAGCCAAAGGUUUAGCUUAUCUUCAUUACGGGGUGAAGCCUGCUAUCUUUCACAGAGACAUCAAAGCUACAAAUAUACUUCUGGAUGUGAAUAUGGGAGCUCGAGUGGCCGAUUUCGGUUUAGCCAAGCAAAGUAGAGAAGGACAGUCUCAUCUUACUACUCGUGUAGCCGGGACCCAUGGCUAUUUAGCCCCGGAAUACGCGCUUUACGGGCAGCUGACGGAGAAAAGCGACGUGUAUAGUUUUGGGGUCGUGAUUUUGGAGAUCAUGUGUGGUAGAAAAGCUCUCGAUCUUUCUUGCUCGGAUUCGCCCCGUGGUUUCUUGAUUACCGAUUGGGCUUGGUCGCUUAUAAAAGAAGGGAAAGUGUUGCAGGCUUUGGAUCCUUCGUUGGUGGGACAUGGGACGAGUAGUGAAACGAUGAACCCGAGAGGGAUCAUGGAGCGAUUCGUGCUCGUUGGCAUUUUAUGUGCUCAUGUGAUGGUUGCUUUACGGCCUACGAUUAUGGAUGCGUUGAAGAUGCUAGAAGGCGAUAUCGAAGUGCCCGCAAUUCCCGAUCGGCCGACACCACUCGGGCACCCUUCGUUCACGAGCGAUGGUAGCACCUUCAGCAUCUCGCCAGUCUUGAGUGGGCUACAGUUGCAAGCCACAGACAUGCUUAGGUAGGUGAAAUCAAGAAAUCUUUGAAUCUUGAAAGCCUUAGAAUCAUACAGAUGCAUUGGAAGCAACUAAGAGUUGUAAAGUAUAUGUAUAGUUUCAUAUAAUAAUUCAAUUUGUUCUUCAUUAUUCUUUUAAUGUAUCAAAGGAAUUUGGGUUUUGGUGUUAUAUGUUUUAUAAACCUGAUCGGACUUCGGAUAUGAAAA